AUGCCUUACAGCGGCCUUCUAAGUCGAGGCCUCCUCCUGUGCAACAUCUGGGCUGUGGCCGCCGCAUCAGCCCCUUACGUCCCGACGCAUAUCUUCACUUCGCACGCCUCAAAUACCAGCUUUGCGCUUGUCCUCCAACCAAAGGGUGACCAGACCGGGGUUGAGCUUCUCUCGUUGAACUUGUCAACCAUCAACGCCAGCAGUCCCCAGUACACAGUCCUCUACAAUGACGUUCCCUUCUCCUCCGCGGAUAACGAUGCGUUUGUGCCCAUGUCCGAUUCGAAUGGAUCCUUGACGGUAUUCACGGGGAAUUGCCAAGCGUCGCAAAAUGCGUCGCCGAUGCUGUGGACUUUUCAGCCCGAUAACAACAGUUCCAUUGGUAAUGGCACUUGGGUUUCGUCGCUGGUCAAUGGGAAAAGCACGGCAGGGACAACAAAUACUACGACUGGUCCGGGGUAUCUUGCGAGGGGAUUUGGGUUUGGCUCUUCGAAUGACACAAGGCCUGACUAUUAUACAUUCGGCGGCAUGUGUCCAUUUGACAAUAGCACUCAGGCCGACUGGAUGUCGGCAGCGGAAUACUCCAACCAGAUGACGAUGCUGGCUCAGGCGAAUUCCUCAUCAGAAUUUUCCGGCUUCAUUGAACAACAGUCUGAAUCAUCAAACUCGCCGAUUGCCGAGGCCGGUUAUACCAUCACUCCCCUCCAGAUGACAAGCUCCACAACCACAGGCGGCAAAACAGUCCAGCAGGAAAACUUCCUUUUUAUCGGAGGAAAUACACAAAGCGCGUUUCUGAAUAUGUCUACCUUGGCUCUGUUUUCUCUGCCUGAGGCCAGUUGGACUUAUAUUUCCGUAAGCUCGGAAGCGGAAUCCAGCAGGACCGAUCUGGCAAUCCGCGACGACAAUCAAAUCGAGCCGAGAUCCGGGCACAGUGCAGUGGCAUCUUUGGAUGGGAGCCAAAUCAUUGUUUUUGGUGGAUGGGUGGGUGACACCAGCACACCAGCUGAACCUCAGUUGCUGGUUCUCGAUGUCGGCGAGGAUUAUGGUGGCUCGGGGGAAUGGUCGUGGUCAACCCCAGAACCUACUGGCUCAGGACCUGCAAUAGGCUCAGGCAUUUAUGGUCAUGCAACAACAAUGCUUCCUGGAAAUGUGAUGAUGAUAUCAGGUGGCUAUGUCAUACCAUCAACGACGACAACAUCAAAACGAGAGUCGUCGACAAGCCUUCAGGCAAGCUCCCAGGUCUACCUAUACAACUUGACUUCAAACGCAUGGAUGUUCUCAUACACCAGCGUUAACUCUUCAAAUUCAAACACUGGUUCUGGUCCACUGGCUACCUCGGGAGAAAAAGCUGGACUAGGCGUGGGAGUAUCUGCCGGAGCCAUCGCAGUUGUUUGUGCCGGUUACUUCUUUUGGUCUCGUAAGCGCUGGCGAAACCGUCGUCGUAGGGAUCAAGAGCUACGCAAGUUAGCGCUCGGAGCAGAGCGUUCCAACAUUUGGAGUGAACCUGGGCUUGAAUCCAGCUACCGAGGGGAUGCCGCCCUGAGAAACACCAUCCUUGAGAAUCUAUACAACCCCGGGCCAAGUCAUCACUAUAGCGCAGUUCCGCCUUCAAAUAGUAGCACCGAAGCAGGAGUAGGGGCAGGAGCAGAAGGAAGUGGACUGCUGUAUGAAGUGCCAAGUCCACCUAGAGGGCUUCGUAGAAGCUUGUCCAAUCGACCUCAACGAAUACAGUCAGCAUUGUGGUACGAGGAUAACAGGAUCAGCUAUGGCACUGGCUCUAUUCACCCGAUUGACGAACGAGAAGAAUUCGAAAUGCCCCCCGAGCAGUCAUCGGAAAAGGAUCCAGAGAGCGAAAGCUCGAAAAACUCCUCGAGGUUUUCCGAUCCUUUCGUGGAUCCGCCCUCCCCUACGCGUGUAGUUGCGACUGUUGCCUUUCAUGAAAAGACAAUACCACGACAGCAGGAGAGUACGGCGAGUGCAUCAGUACGCGAAGGAAAAACUCGAGCUAUUUCUCCAGAGAAGAAUGACAGAACACAUUCUGAUUUAUCCGACUCGUCCAGGUCUGGAAUCUCGGAAUUGUCAAUUCAACGAUCUGACUUUGCAUCUCAAAGGCCGUCAACUCAUCUUUUUCAGUCGGCGAUACCAACACUAGAACCCUCAUCGUCGUUAAAUUAUGGUAAUAGCACAGCCAGUGGACGUAGUUCCCCAGAGAAGGCAUCCUUGCAAGCAAUUCGAGCCGAGAUUCUGGACAGUGGUAUGAGGUGGCCAUUUGAACAAUCAGACUCCUUCUCAACAUCUUCCAGUCCGCACAAACGGUCACGAUCAGCUAUGGAGGGGGACACUCUCUUGGGAUCAGGACCUGAGUGGUCAACGCCGCCCGAAUCUCCUACAAGGCUGUCUCAGACAGACAGAGAAAGCAAACACAGCAGCAGUAGCGGCAAUAACAACAAUAGCAACUCUUUGACAUGGAUGGGAAGCAUCCGGAAGACACUAUCGACUGCCAGAAGGGCCGUCCUUGGCAAUAACCUCGACGACGAGGCGGAGAAGAAUCCUGCAAUGUUGGAAAUUACAUCGCCUGUCGAUUUUGAUGAUGAGUCCUUGAAACUGUCAAGACGAGCAUCGAAUGCCUCCGACUCUAAUUUACGGCGCAAGCAAGGCCCCAAGGACUGGGCUGUAGAAGGCACCACACGAAACAGUUUAGCGUCGUCAUCGCUUCCAUCUCCAGCUCGUCGCUGCCGGCGUCGUAUGCAUGAGCAUGAGAAUAACAACAAUGAUGAUAAUGACGUUGACGACGCUUUUAAUGACGACAUGGAUAUUAUUGAUCCUGAUUAUGAUAAUGAUGAUGAUUAUGGCGAAGGUGACGGUUUCGAUGAAGAAGAAGAUAAUUAUUCAGAAGACUGGGACGUCGAAGCUGCUGCAGAGGGACGUCUGGUUCAGAUAACUUAUACGGUUCCCAAGGAGAAACUGAGAGUUGUCAAUGCAGGAGUUGGUGAUCGCGUUAUUGGAGAUGCUGAUGAUGAUGACGACGAUGUUGCUGCUCCCUCCUCUGCUCAAGUAGUUAACCCCCAGGAAUCUGCAGAAGGGAAAUGA